CCAAAAGGGAAAACGUUUUUCUUCUCCUCCAACAAAAAAUUAACAACGUUGAAAGAAAAAAGAAAAAGAAAAAAAAAACCCCUAAAUCAGUAAAUUGUAUCGCAAAAAUCGCAAUUCGAAGGGAUCUCUCCAAUGGCGUCGUCAAGCGAUCCCUCGAAAACUGUGAUGGAGAGGAAGAAGAAAGGAGCUCCGAUCAAAUUCUUGGUUCCUCUCAUAUACGCGCCUGCUCUUCCUCUGAUUCGUCUGUCUUUGAGGCAUAAGCCAGUUCUCAGGGACCGUCUCUUCGGUCUUGUCCUCGCCGGUGCUUUCGCUCAUGGAUUCUAUCUCGUGCUUCUCUAA